UGUAGACAUGCUGGUCUGGAGAAAAGGGCUCGCAGCUCACUUAUCCGUGGUCACAGAGAGCGUGGGGGAGGAAGACACUUGGACCAAGGAGUCGUGUGGGUAGAACAAACACACGGCGUUAUCCAAAAAGAAAACUUCUAACCCAAAGAUAGCGGUUUACAAAAAAAUAUUUCGGCCAGUUAGAUUUUUUAUUGGAAAGCGAGCAUAUUGAUCGCCGGACGUUUUGCACAACUUGGAAAACCUAUUCGUAAGUCCUGAAGAGAAGACUUGUGUAACCAGGCUUGAAGGGGACCGUUUGUCUCUGACUUUUCCUCAAGAAUCCACACAAAAGGUGUGUAGUUGGUGAGAAGCCAGCUGGCUGGCCUUGGAGACACUCCUUCACUACGAUGUAGAGUCCAGAAGAGAGAGAACGAGAGAGAGAGAGAAAGACGAAAGAGAGAGAGAGAGAGAGAGAGAGGGUGUGUGAAAAACAGACACUCCGGCUGGAAGAUUCUACACUCUACGCACAAGACAGAAAGAGAGAGAGAAACAGAAAGCGAGUGAGUAAGACAUUGCGGGAAGGACGGAAAGAAAGAGAGGGAGACAAACCAGAAAGAAGGAAGAGGAACAACACCAGGGGGAGAUAAGAAAGAGAGAGAGAGAGAGAGAGAGAGAGAGAGAGAGAGAGAGAGAGAGAGAGAGAGAGAGAGAGAGAGAGAGAGAGAGAGAGAGAGAGAGAGAGAGAGAGACUUUCAAUCAUUGACCUCAGGCCCUGCCUCCAAACCAACCUCUCCCUCCCUCCUUCUCCUCCCUCCUUUCCCUGCACUGGAACUGUUUACCCUCUUUCACACCUCUGUUACAACAGGACCCCAUCAUUCACUCUCUCCCUUCACCCUUUCCCCUCUUCCUGAAGACCCUGUGGACUUGAACCUUCACUUUGACCCCACCUGUGUAACCACUGGACGGGAAAAGACAUUACCAGGAACACUUCAGAACCACUCCAAACAUCAUCAUCACCAUGUGCCACGUGAUCGUGACCUGUCGCUCCAUGCUGUGGACUCUACUCAGCAUCGUGGCCGCCUUCGGCGAGCUCAUCGCCUUCAUGAGCACCGAUUGGCUGGUGGGCUUCCCCCGGACUCCGGACGCCGUCUUCGGCCCUCAUGGUGCCACGGCGGCUGGCGAGGCCUACCGGCCCACCCUGGGCAUCUACGGCCGCUGCAUCAAGCUGCCCCACCUGCGGCGCGGCGUGCUGUGUGGGCCGUACGCCGUGCACUUUGGGGAGAUCGCCAGCGGGUUCUGGCAGGCAGCAUCCAUCUUCCUGGCGGCGGGGAUCCUGCUACUGUGUGCCGUGGCCUUCAUCUCUGUCUUUACCAUGUGCUUCCAGAGCAUCAUGAAGAAGAGCAUCUUCAACGUGUGUGGACUGCUGCAGGCCAUCGCAGGUCUGUUUCUGAUCCUGGGUCUGAUGCUGUACCCUGCAGGCUGGGGUUCAGACAAGGUGCAGCUGUACUGUGGUCAGGACGCGGCUCCCUACCAGGCGGGGCUGUGCACCAUGGGCUGGGCCUUCUACACAGCCAUGGGAGGCACCGUGCUCACCUUCAUCUGCGCUGUGUUCUCAGCCCAGGCCGAGAUCGCCACGUCCUCAGACAAGGUGCAGGAGGAGAUCGAGGAGGGCAAGAGCCUCAUCUGCCUGCUCUAAGAUCGACCAGGAGGGGAGUAGGAGAGGGGGAGGAGAAGGAGAGGAAUGUCAAGUCCCACACCCCUCUUAUCCACUCUGGGGCCCAGCUGUCAAUCAAACGAAAGCCCCCAUGUUGUUUACCACUAAGACUGACUCUCUGACCUUUGACCUUAGACCCUGUAGUGUUGUUAUUGUUCAUGUGGGAGAAAUCUACAGUGCCAAGCUUUUCACAAACCUGUGUUUCAAUGUAUUUCCUCUCUCCGCCACCAGAGGUGCUGUCUGUCUGUGUUCUGUGUGUUAUUAUUUCUAAUGUGUGCCAGUACCAGCUACCCUGACACCAGUAUGUGUGUAUUGUAAAUAAGUGUGUAUAUACUGUACAUAGUGAUGAUGAUGAUGAUGAUGAUCUGAGAAUGGUGGUCCUCUCAGCUCUGUUCAGACUGUUUUAAAUGAUGUCACUCUUGCCUUGAAUGCUGGUGUGAUGAUGACACCACCUAAAGACCAGCCUACCUGGUGCUAAUCUUCUGGUGUAUCUUCAAUGCUAGGUAGAAGUUGCCCCUAACUGCAGAUCUACUAUCACAUUUCCCAACCCCAAAUCAUAACCUGAACCAUGAGAGGGAUAAAAUAAUAUCAGAUCCCGGACCCGCGGUUAGAGGUAACUUCUACCAGUUCCAACUUAAGCCAGGUGUGAGUAACUCUACAAGGGAACCACUACUCAGUCAAGUAAACUACUCACAGACAUGGCCUUAGUUUAGCAUGGAAUCAUGAUGUCCUUAAAGCUUACAGAAUGUACUGUCAAUUGAAAUGACCAAUGUAUGUCUUCUUGGACCCUUGAAAUGUAUUGAUUGGACGGACACCUACACCAGCCAUGGUUACACACGGACUGCAUGAGCUAGCUAAUAGAGAGCUGCGUUUUGUUUGUGUGUGUGUGUGUUUGUUAUUGUGUGUGAGAGACUGUGCUUGCCUCCUUUUGCAAAUAUUGAGGGGAUUUUGCCUGGACCCCACCUCUGAUGACCCUUGCCUGGUCUCUUUGAGGUCCUCCUGUGGACAAAGACUUGGUCAACGAUACACACAAGUAUUCCUAUUACUGUAUAGUGCCUUGCAAAAGUAUUCAUCCCCCUUGGAGUUUUUCCUAUUUUGUUGCAUUACAACCUGUAAACAAACU